AUGGUUCUCAUUGAGAAUCAAGAGUACCUCUGCGAAGAGGAGAAGCGCCUCAAAGCGGACCGCGAGCGCACCGCCUACUGGAAGCGAUGGGGUCCCUAUGUUGCCGAGAGGCAAUGGUCCACAGUGCGCGAGGACUAUUCCGCUGACGGAGAUGCCUGGAGCCGUACGUACCCUUGGACAGUGCCAUUGAGCUUCACUGACCAGCCUGCAGACUUUACGCACGACAUGGCACGCUCUCGCGCCUACCGUUGGGGUGAAGACGGCAUCGCGGGUGUUUGCGACUCGCACGGUCUGCAGAACAUUGCCUUUUCCUUCUGGAACGAGAAAGACGACUUCCUCAAAGAGCGACUGUUCGGUCUUUCGAAUCCACAGGGCAACCACGGCGAGUCGCUGAAGGAAGCUCAUUUCCACCUGGACAACACGCCUACUCACUCGUACAUGAAGUUCCUCUACAAGCUCCCCCAGCGCGCUUUCCCAUACGAAGACCUCAUCAAGACGAACGCGGAGCGAACACGGCUUGACAAGGAGUACAACAUCGUCGACACGGGUUGCUUCGACGACGACAGAUAUUGGGAUAUAUUCAUCGAGACCGCAAAAGAGGCCGAUGACCCCGACGAGCUCUUGUUCCGUGUCACGGCAUACAACCGUGGACCCGAACCAGCCCCAUUGCACAUUGUCCCACAUGUCUGGUUCCGCAAUACCUGGGCCUGGGGGCACGAGGACGAAAAGAAGAAGCCGUCAAUCCGCAAGAUCGGAGAUACGACAGCCCAGUCCAAACACUACAAGCUCGGUGACCGCUUCUUUCAGCUUUCGCCAUCGCCUGGUACCGGCUCGAGUGGCAACGACGUGCAGCCGGAUCUCCUCUUCACCGACAAUGACACCAACUACAAGGAAAUUUGGGGCGUGGAGAACAAGACUCCAUUCGUCAAGGACGGAAUCCACAAGCGCAUUGUGGAUGACGACAAGGACGCUGUCAAUCCCGCCAACGUGGGCACCAAGUGCGCAGCCUGGUACGCGUUCGAUGAGGAUGAAGGCGUGCCACCAGGCGAGUGCGCCGUCGUGCGGUUUAGGCUCUCUCGGAGAAACGAUGGGUACCUCGAUGAAGAGCUCUUCGAUGACAUUGUCGAGCAGCGCCGCGCCGAAGCGGAUGAGUUCUACUACCGAAUCAGCCCACUUCCUAUGGCUGAUGACCUGAGGAACAUCCAGCGCCAGGCAUUCUCUGGAAUGAUGUGGUGUAAACAAUACUACCACUUCAUCUGGGACCAGUGGGCAAACGGAGACCCCGGCAUGCCUCCUCCACCACCAAAUCGAAAGGCCAUUCGCAACAAAGAGUGGAAACACAUGUACCUGGAUGACAUUCUAUCCAUGCCCGAUUCAUGGGAGUACCCUUUCUUCGCUGCGUGGGACAGCGCUUUUCAUUGCAUUCCCCUGGCCAUGAUCGAUCCCGAAUUUGCCAAGAAGCAACUUGAUCUCUUCACCCGCGAGUGGUACAUGCACCCCAAUGGCCAGUUGCCCGCUUACGAGUGGAACUUUGGCGACGUCAAUCCCCCAGUGCACGCAUGGUCACUGUUCAGGGUGUUCAAGAUCGAGCGCAAGAUGUACGGCCGUGAGGAUUUUGACUGCCUCGAGCGCGUGUUUCAGAAGCUGUUGCUAAACUUCACGUGGUGGGUGAACCGGAAGGAUACUGACGGCAAGAACAUCUUCGAAGGUGGUUUCUUGGGUCUCGACAACAUUGGUAUUUUCAAUCGAUCAGAUCCCCUGCCCACCGGAGGAGUUCUCGAGCAAGCAGACAGCACCGGCUGGAUGGGCUUCUACUGCCUCAACAUGCUGAACAUCUGUCUUGAGCUUGCCAAGCGCCGCCGAAUCUACGAAGACAUGGCUUCCAAAUUCUUUGAGCAUUUCAUCAUGAUCAGCGACGCGAUGCAGUACCGUACUGGCGGCGAGUCGAAGCCUCUCUGGAACGAGGAAGACGGCUUCUAUUACGAUGCAAUUUCCUGGGGCGGUCCAUGGAGUCACCAAAUGCCCGUGCGAUCUCUGGUCGGUCUUAUACCGCUUUAUUCGACGUUGACACUUGAACCAGAGGUCAUCAACAAACUCCCUAAUUUCAAGAAGCGGUUGAACUGGUUUAUAAACAACCGCAAGGACACGGCUGAGCGCAACAUUGCUUCGAUGAAGAAGCGCGGACAAGGCGACCGUCUGCUGCUGUCCCUGGUUAGCGAGGACCGCCUGAAGCGUAUUAUGCAAAGGAUGUUGGACGAGAACGAGUUUCUUGCGGAGCACGGUAUUCGAUCACUAUCAAAGUACCACAAGGAUCACCCGUACUCCAUGGACGUAAAUGGCCAGAAGUACGAAGUCGCGUAUCUGCCUGGUGACUCCGACAGCGGCCUCUUUGGCGGCAACAGCAAUUGGCGCGGUCCCAUCUGGCUGGCCGUCAACUUCCUCCUGAUCGAGUCCUGCCAGAGAUUUCAUCUCUACUACGGCAACGAGCUCAAGGUAGAAUGUCCUGUGGGAUCAGGCGAUUUCAUGCAUCUCGGCCAUGUUGCCGAGGAAUUGCAGCAUCGCCUUCAGCACUUGUUUGCUCGGGGUGAUGACGGUAGAAGAGCCAUCAACGAUGGUAACGAGAUGCUCGACUUCGAUCCAAACUGGAAGGACUACAUGUGGUACCACGAGUUCUUCGAUGGUGACACUGGACGCGGGUUGGGAGCAACACAUCAGUGCGGCUGGACGGGCGCGGCAGCACACUACUUCGACGACGUCUUCACGACGGAUAGCAAGCCCAAAAAGCGACACCACCUCCGCCGAUCUUCCACUAGCCGUAGUAUCGGUUUUAGAAGUGAUUGGGGAGAAUCGACCAAUGGCGAAGAUGAAGAGUCAACCUCAGGCCCCGCGAACCGAAGAGGCUCCGUGGGUUACCUAGACGAGGACGCCGUUCAGCAGAAGAAUGCGAUGCAGGAGCGUCUGAACCACUACGUGAGUGGUCAACUUGAGCGAGUCAAGACAGGUCUUGCCGACGUUGAGACGGAUGAGUUUGAAACCACAUUGGACGGCUCAUCGGACCGGAGAACGAAUGGACAGAGACGUCGCGACCGCAACGACUACUUUGAGCAGGACCCCUACUUCAGCAAAUGA